UGGACUCUGAUCCUGGUUCUGAUCCUGGUUCCGGACUCUGAUCCUGGUUCUGGACUCUGAUUUUGGUUCUGAUCGUGGUUCUGGACUCUGAUUUUGGUUCUGAUCCUGGUUCCGGACUCUGAUCCUGGUUCUGGACUCUGAUUUUGGUUCUGAUCCUGGUUCUGGACUCUGAUCGUGGUUCUGAUCCUGGUUCUGGACUCUGAUCGUGGUUCCGGACUCUGAUCCUGGUUCCGGACUCUGAUCGUGGUUCUGGACUCUGAUUUUGGUUCUGAUCCUGGUUCUGGACUCUGAUCCUGGUUCUGGACUCUGAUCCUGGUUCCGGACUCUGAUCCUGGUUCUGGACUCUGAUCCUGGUUCCGGACUCUGAUCCUGGUUCCGGACUCUGAUCCUGGUUCCGGACUCCUGGAACCCGGUCCUUGGGUCUCGGCCCUGCCACUAACGCCAUCUCUGUGCCCCGCCCAUCAGGGGGACCAUGAUGACCAGCGGGAUCUUUCUGGAACCACAGCAGCUGCCCCCCCACAUGUUUCCGGGUCCCGGGGACCUCGGGCGGGAGGAGGAGGAGGAGAUGCCGGCCACUGAGAAGGACCUGGCAGAGGACGCUCCAUGGAAGAAGAUCCAGCAGAACACCUUCACCAGGUGGUGCAACGAGCACCUGAAGCUGGUCAACAAGAGGAUCACAGACCUGCAGAAGGACCUGAGUGAUGGACUCAAGCUGAUCGGGCUCCUGGAGGUUCUGAGCCAGAAGAAGAUGUACAGGAAGUACCAUUCCAGACCCAACUUCCGGCAGAUGAAGCUGGAGAACGUCUCCGUGGCUCUGGAGUUCCUGGAGAGGGAGCACAUCAGACUGGUGUCUAUAGACUCCAAGGCCAUUGUGGAUGGGAACCUGAAGCUGAUCUUGGGUCUGAUCUGGACCCUGAUCCUACACUACUCCAUCUCCAUGCCCAUGUGGGAGGAUGAAGACGACGAAGACGUCAGGAAACUGACCCCAAAGCAGCGUCUGCUGGGCUGGAUCCAGAACAAGGUUCCACAGCUGCCCAUCACCAACUUCCAUCGGGACUGGAGGGAUGGGAAGGCGCUGGGAGCGCUGGUGGACAACUGCGCCCCUGGGUUGUGUCCGGACUGGCAAACAUGGGAUCCCAGUCAGCCAGUGGAGAAUGCCCGGGAGGCCAUGCAGCAGGCAGACGAUUGGCUGGGAGUCCCACAGGUCAUCGCUCCAGAGGAGAUCGUUGACCCGAACGUGGACGAGCACUCGGUCAUGACCUACCUGUCUCAGUUUCCCAAAGCCAAGCUGAAGCCUGGAGCCCCGCUGAGGGCCAAGACGCUGCACCCCAGGAGGGCCAAAGCUUACGGACCAGGUAUCGAACCUCAAGGAAACACGGUUCUGAAACCAGCCGAGUUUCUGGUGGAGACUGUGGAGGCUGGAAUGGGUGAGGUUCUGGUUUACGUGGAGGAUCCAGAAGGACACACAGAAGAGGCCAGAGUGAUCCCCAACAACGACAAGAACCGGACCUACUCUGUGGUGUAUCUGCCCAAAGUGGAGGGGCUCCAUAAGGUGAAGGUGCUGUUUGCUGGGCAGGACAUCGACAGAAGCCCCUUCGUAGUAAAUGUCUCUAAGACCAUGGGUGAUCCAACCAGGGUGCAGGCCCGCGGGCCGGGACUGCAACCGACUGGGAACGUGGCCAACAAACUCUCGUACUUUGAUAUUUACACCGCAGGGGCUGGUACCGGAGACGUGGGCAUCGUCAUUGUGGACUCAAACGGCCGAAGGGACACCGUGCAGAUCGUCCUGGAGAACAGAGGUGACAGCAUAUUCCGUUGCACCUAUGCACCUGUCCUGGAGGGGAAUCACACCAUCUAUGUCACCUUCGCUGAGCAGCAGAUCCCCAGAAGUCCUUUCAGCGUCUACAUCUCCGAGGUUUCACAGAGCACUCCUUCUCCUGGCUCUCCAGUGCAGGUAGUACCUCAGUCCAUACCCACCCCGCCAUCAGACAAGACAAGGAGAGCCCCCCCACCAACACCUCCAAAACCCAGGCGACCAACCUGUAACCCGAACGCCUGCCGAGCUUUGGGCCGAGGUCUGCAGCAGAAGGGCCUGAGGGUGAAGGAAGUGGCAGAUUUCAAAGUUUACACGAGAGGAGCCGGCAGCGGGGAGCUGAGCGUCAGCGUGAAGGGGCCGAAAGGUCUGGAGGAACCAGUGAAGGUGCUUGAGAUGGAAAAUGGAGCUUAUGAAUGUAAUUAUUACCCAGUAAUGGUGGGAACAUACCUGGUAACUGUCACAUGGGGAGGACACGGCAUCUCGCGCAGCCCCUUUGAGGUGUACGUAGGUGAGGAGGCGGGGCCUCAGAAGGUAAGGGCCUGGGGUCCAGGUCUGGAGACUGGAAUGGUUGGGAAGAGUGGUGACUUUGUGGUGGAGGCCAUUGGAACAGAAGUGGGAACUCUAGGUUUCUCCAUCGAAGGCCCCUCUCAGGCGAAGAUCGAGUGCGACGAUGAAGGCGACGGAUCGUGUAACGUCCACUAUUGGCCAACUGAAGCCGGCGACUAUGCCGUCCAUGUCAUAUGUGAUGAUGAGGACAUCAAGGACAGCCCUUUCAUGGCUCACAUCCUUCCUGCUGCCAACAACGUGUUUCCUGAGAAGGUCAGGUGUUACGGUCCCGGUCUGGAGCCUCUGGGCUGCAUCAUCCACAAACCAGCUGACUUCACCAUCGACACCAAUGAAGCUGGCAGAGGAGAGCUGAAGGUCUAUGCUCAGGACGCAGAUGGCUUUCCGGUCGACAUUCAGAUUACAGACAACGGGGACUUCACCUACCUCUGUGUUUACAUUCCCACCAAGCCCAUCAAGCACACCAUCAUCAUCACCUGGGAAGAAGUCACCGUACCCAACAGCCCGUUCAGGGUGAUGAUUGGAGAGGGCAGCCAUCCAGAGAGCGUGAGAGUUUACGGUCCAGGAGUGGAGAUGACGGGACUGAAAGCCAACGAGCCGACGUACUUCACUGUGGACUGCAGCGAGGCGGGACAAGGUGAUGUCAGCAUCGGGAUCAAGUGUGCUCCGGGUGUGGUGGGACCAGCAGAGGCUGACAUUGACUUUGACAUCAUCAAGAACGACAACGACACGUUCACGGUGAAGUACACGCCUCCAGGUGCAGGCCAGUAUACCAUCAUGGUGCUGUUUGCUGAUCAGGAAAUCCCCAUCAGCCCCUUCAGAAUAAAAGUGGAUCCUUCCCAUGAUGCAGCUAGAGUCAGAGCAGAGGGACCUGGGCUCAACAGGACAGGUGUGGAGGUUGGAAAACCGAGUCACUUCAACAUCUACACGAAAGGAGCAGGAAAAGCCAAACCGGAGGUUGGUUUCAUCGGAGCCACUGAUGGUGAAGCUGUUCGAGACUUUGAGGUCAUCGACAACCACGACUAUUCGUACACCGUGCGGUACACCGCCCUGCAGCAGGGGAACAUGUCCAUCACUGUCUGCCACGGAGGAGACCCCAUCCCUAAAAGUCCAUUCAGCAUCUCUGUAGCCCCCCCACUGGACCUGAACAAGGUCAAAGUUCAUGGACUAAACAACAAGGUGGACGUUGGGAAGGAUCAGGAAUUCUCCGUCAACACUCAAGGGGCUGGAGGUCAGGGGAAACUGGAUGUCAAGAUCACAUCUCCAUCACAUCAUUUAAUCCCCUGCAAGCUUGAGUCAGUAACAGCCGGUGAGGUUCAGAAAGUGAAAUACAUCCCUCCUGAGGAAGGACUGUACCAAGUGGAAGUCACCUGUGAUGGAAACCCCAUCCCUGGAGGUCCCUUCACUAUGGAGGCCAUCAUGCCCCCCGACCCUUCAAAGGUGCGAGCCUACGGUCCUGGUCUUCAAGGCGGUCUGAUGGGUAAACCAGCCCCCUUUGCUAUUGACACAAAGGGUGCUGGAACUGGUGGACUGGGCCUGACAGUGGAGGGGCCCUGUGAGGCCAAGAUUGAAUGUCAGGACAACGGGGACGGGUCAUGUUCUGUGUCCUACCUGCCCACGGAGCCUGGUGAGUACACCAUCAACAUCCUUUUUGCGGACCAGCACAUCCCUGGGUCACCCUUCAAGGCUGUGGUCCAACCGCUGUUCGAUCCCAGCAAAGUGAUGGCCAGUGGACCAGGUCUGGAGCAGGGAACGGUCAGCGAGCCUGGAUUGUUGACAGUGGAUUGCUCUAAAGCUGGCGAGGCCGAGCUCACCGUUGAAAUCCUCUCAGACUCUGGAUCCAAAGCUGACGUUUAUGUUCAGAACAACGGUAACAGUACCUACUCCAUCACCUACAUCCCCCACUGCCAUGGCAUGUACACCAUCACCAUCAAAUACGGAGGACUCCCAGUGCCCAAAUUCCCUGCCCGCCUGCAGGUGGUUCCAGCCGUUAAUACCAGCGGGGUGAAGGUUCAUGGCCCAGGAGUGGAACCAAGAGGCGUACUGAGGGAAGUCACAACUCAUUUCACUGUUGAUGCCCAUUCUCUUACCAAGAGUGGAGGGAGUCACCUUAAAGUGGACAUCUCCAACCUAUUAAGCUCCAACACAGAUGCCUACAUCACCGAUAAGGGAGACGGGACCUACAGGGUGGAGUACACACCUUUUGAAGAUGGUUUGCAUUUGAUCGAAGUGCUCUUUGAUGGGGUCCCAGUCCCAAAGAGUCCCUUCAGGGUGUCUGUGACAGAUGGCUGUGAUCCCAGUCGAGUCCAAGCUUUUGGUCCAGGUCUAGAAGAAGGACUGGUGAACAAAACAAACCGCUUCACUGUUGAGACCAGGGGUGCUGGCACAGGGGGACUGGGUCUGGCCAUCGAGGGUCCAUCAGAGGCAAAUAUGCUAUGUAAGGACAACAAAGAUGGCAGCUGCAGUGUGGAGUACAUCCCCUUCACUCCAGGAGAGUAUGAUGUCAACAUCACCUUUGGAGGUCUUCCGAUCUCAGGAAGCCCGUUUCGUGUCCCAGUGCGAGAGUUAGUCGAUCCCAGUAAGGUGAAGUGUUCGGGUCCUGGUCUGGGAAGUGGAGUUCGAGCUAAUGUUCCUCAAACCUUCUCCGUGGACAGCAGCAAGGCUGGAGUGGCCCCCCUGGAAGUCCUUCUCUAUGGACCAGCCGGCAUCGCAGAGCCGGUCAGCAUCACAGACCACGGUGACGGCACUCACACUGUGAACUACACCCCGGCCAGCGAUGGCCCAUACUCUGUGUGUGUGAGAUACGCUGACCAGGAGGUCCCUCAGAGUCCUUUCAAGAUCAAAACAUUACCGGCUCAUGAUGCAAGCAAAGUCAGAGCCAGCGGUCCGGGCCUGAAUGCAUCUGGAGUUCCAGCCAGUCUGCCAGUCGAGUUCACCAUUGAUGCCAGGGAUGCUGGAGAGGGACUCCUCACAGUUCAGAUACUGGAUCCUGAUGGUUGCAGGCGUGAGGCCGUGCUGUUUGUGGAGGACUGGGGCAGGAGGGUGUGGGAGACCCACAUAGUAAAGAAAACCAUCCCCUUCAGUAUUCUGAAGGGAGGCUGUGAUCCAGAAGGAAAACUGAAGAAGGCCAACAUCCGGGAUAAUCGGGAUGGGACGUACAUGGUGUCCUACGUGCCAGACAUCACAGGGCGUUACACCAUCACCAUCAAGUACGGAGGAGACGAGAUCCCAUACUCGCCUUAUCGGAUCCACGCCACACCCUCUGGAGAUGCCAGCAAGUGUCUGGUCACAGUGUCUAUUGGAGGACAUGGACUGGGUUCAGGACUCGGCCCCACCAUCCAGAUCGGGGAGGAGACUGUCAUCACAGUGGAUGCCAAGGCUGCUGGGAAAGGCAAAGUCACCUGCAAGGUGUCGACUCCUGAUGGGGCGGAGCUAGACGUGGACGUGGUGGAGAACGCAAACGGGACGUUUGAUAUUUACUACACAGCUCCAGAACCCGGGAAGUACAUCAUCACAAUCCGGUUCGGAGGGGAGCACAUUCCCAACAGCCCUUUCCAUGUGGUGGCAAGUGGUACCGACCCAGCAGUGGAGGAGCCGUGUGACACAGCGCCCUCCUCACCUCCCUGGGCCACAGAUGAUCCGAUGAGCCCUGCUGACAGGAUGGAGGCAACGCUGCGUCCCUUCAGUCUGGUCAUUCCCUUCACUGUGCAGAAAGGAGAGAUCAGAGGUGAAGUGCGGAUGCCAUCGGGUCAGACAGCUCAUCCCCACAUCACCGAUAACAAAGACGGAACAGUGACAGUGAAGUACUCCCCUACUGAACGAGGACUACAUGAGAUGGACAUUAGAUAUGAUGGAAAUCACAUCCCAGGAAGUCCACUUCAGUUCUACGUUGAUGCUAUCAACAGUGGUCAUGUGACAGCUUUUGGUCCCGGUCUGAGCCACGGAUUGGUGAACACGCCUGCCAUUUUCACCAUCACCACCAAAGAUGCUGGAGAAGGAGGUUUGUCUCUGGCUGUUGAGGGUCCAUCCAAAGCAGAGAUCAGCUGUAAAGACAACAAAGAUGGGACAUGCACGGUGUCCUACCUGCCAACAGCACCUGGAGACUACAACAUCAUUGUCAAGUUUGAUGACCAGAACAUUGCUGGCAGCCCCUUCAUGGCUAAAGUCACUGGGGAGGACUUCACGAGGAUGUCCCAGCUCAAUGUUGGGACGGCUACAGAUGUUUCCCUGAAGAUCAUGGAGACAGACCUGAGCAGCCUGAUGGCCACCAUCAGAGCCCCAUCCGGACUCGAAGAACCAUGUCUCCUGAAGAAGCUACCCAACAGACACAUUGGAAUCUCAUUCACCCCGAAGGAAGUAGGGGAGCAUGUUGUGAGCGUGAAGAAAAGUGGGAAGCACGUGACCAACAGUCCAUUUAAGAUCAUGGUCGGCCCGUCAGAGAUUGGAGAUGCCAACAGAGUCAAGGUCUACGGCCAGGGCCUGCUGGAGGGCCACACCUUCAGUGUGGCAGAGUUCGUGGUGGACACCAGGAACGCAGGUUAUGGAGGGCUGGGCCUAUCCAUCGAGGGUCCUAGUAAAGUGGACAUCAACUGUGAGGACGUGGAGGAUGGAACAUGUAAAGUCACCUACUGUCCAACAGAGCCUGGAAAUUACAUCAUCAACAUUAACUUUGCUGAUCAACAUGUCCCAGGAAGUCCGUUCACAGCGAAGAUAUUUGGUGAAGGUCGAAUGAAGGAGAGCAUCACUCGGAAGCGUCAGGCUCCAUCUAUCGCCACAGUGGGAAGCACCUGUGACCUCAACUUAAAAAUACCAGGAAACUGGUUUCAGAUGGUUUCAGCUCAGGAACGUCUGACUCGGACAUUCACUCGCAGCAGCCACACCUACACUCGCACCGAACGGAUGGAGAUCAGCAACACUCGAGCUGGAGAGACAAAGAAAGAAGUCCGAGUGGAGGAGCGCACGCAGGUCGGAGAUCCCUUCAGAGAUGUGUUUGGAAACUUUCUGGGUCAGGAGAGUCUGAGCGGGUUCAGCGGGAUGCAGACGGACAGCCGGCCACUGCUGCAGGACGGUGAGGCAAGUAGCCUGGAGAUGACAGCUCAGGUGACAAGUCCAGGAGGGACAACGGAGGAGGCAGAGAUCAUCAAGGGAGAGGACAGCACGUACAGCGUCCGCUUCAUCCCUAAAGAGAUGGGACCUCACACCGUCAGUGUGAAGUACAAGGGCCAGCAUGUCCCUGGGAGCCCCCUUCAGUUCACCGUGGGGCCCUUGGGGGAGGGGGGGGCUCACAAGGUCAGGGCAGGAGGAACCGGACUGGACCGUGGCGUGGCGGGGACCCCAGCUGAGUUUAGCAUCUGGACCAGAGAGGCUGGAGCCGGAGGUCUGUCCAUCGCGGUGGAAGGACCCAGCAAGGCGGAGAUCACCUUUGAAGACAGAAAGGACGGUUCCUGCGGAGUCUCGUAUGUGGUGCAGCAACCCGGGGACUAUGAGGUUUCUAUUAAGUUUAAUGAUGAACACAUCCCAGACUCUCCAUUCAUCGUCCCCAUUGCCAGUCUGUCUGACGAUGCUCGCCGCCUCACCAUUACCAGCCUUCAGGAAACAGGUCUAAAGGUGGGCCAGGAGGCGUCCUUUGCUGUACAACUGAACGGCGUCCGAGGCCUGAUCGAUGCAAAGGUCCACACCCCAUCAGGAGCCACCGAGGAGUGUGCUGUCACUGAGCUGGACAGCGAUCAGAACGCCAUCGGGUUCAUCCCAAAGGAGAACGGGGUUUAUUCCAUAGAUGUCUGCUACAAUGGCAGCCACAUCCCUGGCAGUCCUUUUAGAAUCAGGGUGGGUGAACCAGGACAGGUCGGAGAUCCAGGUCUUGUGUCAGCCUUUGGCCCUGGACUGGAGGGAGGAGCAACAGGUGUUUCAUCGGAGUUUAUCGUCAACACCUGCAAUGCUGGAGCUGGAGCUCUUUCUGUGACCAUUGAUGGUCCAUCAAAGGUCAAGAUGGACUGUCAGGAAUGUCCUGAAGGCUACAAAGUGUCCUACACUCCCAUGGCUCCAGGAAAUUACCUGAUAUCAAUCAAAUAUGGAGGCCCCCUUCAUGUUGUCGGCAGUCCCUUCAAAGCCAAAGUCUCAGGACCUCGUCUGUCAGGUGGACACAAUAUGCACGAGACAUCUUCUGUUCUUGUGGAAACGGUCACCAAGACGUCAGAGACGAGCGAAGCCUUUGCCUCAUUUCCCAAGUUUUCCUCAGAUGCCAGUAAGGUGACCUCCUGUGGGGCCGGCCUUUCCAAAGCCUUCAUCGGUCAGAGGAACACUUUCACGGUUGACUGCAGCAAAGCAGGCACCAACAUGUUGAUGGUUGGCGUCCAUGGGCCGAAGACACCGUGCGAGGAGGUCUACGUCAAACACAUGGGCAACAGGAUGUAUAAUGUGACGUAUACGGUGAAGGAGCAAGGCAGCUACAUGCUCCUAGUAAAGUGGGGGGAGGAGAACAUCCCUGGGAGUCCGUUCCAUGUCACCGUCCCGUAGAACUCUCCUCCACGCUCUCUCAGCAACUUACCCUCCUCGUCAUCCUCAUUCCAAUCAAUACUCCUAACUCUGUCCUCGUGUUGG